AUGGCUCCCAGAGUAAUUGUCGUCGGUGGUGGUCUCUCUGGCUUGAGUGCCGCUCACACCAUCUACCUCGCUGGUGGCAACGUCGUCGUCCUUGACAAGCAGGGCUUCUUCGGCGGUAACUCGACGAAGGCUACCUCUGGUAUCAACGGUGCCCUGACCCGCACCCAGGUGGACCACGGUGUCGCCGACAGCGUCAAGCAGUUCUACGACGAUACCCUCAAGUCUGCCCGUGAUAAGGCUCGUCCUGAUCUUAUCAAGGUCCUUACCUACAAAUCCGCUGCCGCCGUUGAGUGGCUCCAGGAUGUUUUCAACCUCGAUCUUACCCUCGUCUCCCGUCUCGGUGGUCACUCUCAGCCCCGAACCCACCGUGGCCACGAUGCCAAGUUCCCCGGUAUGGCCAUUACCUACGCCUUGAUGCAGCGCCUCGAGGAGCUUGCCGAGACCGAGCCGCACCGUGUUCAGAUUAUCAAGAAGGCCCGCGUCACCGGUCUCACCAAGGAGGGCAAUUCCAUCCUCGGUGUCUCCUACGAGUCCGAUGGCCAGACCCAGACUCUCGAGGGCCCCGUCGUUCUCGCCACCGGUGGUUACGCCGCCGAUUUUGGCGACGGCUCUCUGCUCAAGAAGCAUCGUCCCGAUACCUAUGGCCUUCCCACCACCAACGGCACCCACGCCACCGGUGACGGCCAGAAGAUGGUCAUGGAGAUUGGCGGCAACGCCAUUGACAUGGACAAGGUCCAGGUUCACCCUACUGGUCUCGUCGACCCCAAGGACCCCGGCUCCAAGUGGAAAUUCCUUGCUGCCGAGGCUCUCCGUGGUGAGGGUGGCCUUCUUCUCAACGCUGAUGGUGACCGCUUCUGCGACGAGCUCGGACACCGUGAUUACGUCUCCGGCAUGAUGUGGAAGGAGAAGGACAAGGGCAAGUUCCCUAUCCGCCUCGUCCUCAACUCCAAGGCUUCCACCGUUCUUGAUUUCCACACCCGCCACUACUCUGGCCGUGGUCUCAUGAAGAAGAUUUCCGGUGAGGAGCUUGCCAAGGAGAUUGGCUGCACUCCCGACCACCUCCAGAGCACCUUCAAGGCCUACAACGCUAUUGCUGAAGGCAAGGAGAAGGACCCUUGGGGCAAGAAGUUCUUCCACAACCUGCCCCUUGAUAUUAACGACACCUUCCACGUUGCUGUCAUGGAGCCCGUUCUCCAUUUCACCAUGGGUGGUAUCGAGAUCAACGACAAGGCUCAGGUCCUCAACCAGGACAAGAAGCCUUUCGAUGGCCUGUUCGCCUGUGGUGAGUUGGCUGGUGGUGUUCACGGUGCCAACCGUCUCGGUGGCUCUUCUCUCCUUGGUUGUGUCGUCUACGGCCGUGUUGCUGGUGACACUGCCAGCAACUACCUCUUCCAGAAGGCCCUCAGUGGCACCGGCUCUGGUGCCGCCCGUAUCGGCCAGAUUUCCCUGCACCUCGACCCCUCUGCUCCCGGUAGACUGACCGUUGAGUGGGCCAACGGUGGCGCCGCUGCUGGCGGCUCUGCCCCUGCUCAGAUUGCCGAAGCACCCGCUGCUGGCGACAACGCCGCCGCCGCCGGUCCCACUCCCGCCGGUGCCACCAAGGUUGAGGCCAAGCCUUUUGCCAUUCCCGAGAAGGAGUACAGCAUGGAGGAGGUUGCCAAGCACAACACCAAGGAGGACCUCUGGGUCGUUGUCAAGGGUGUUGUCAUGGAUCUCUCCAACUGGCUCGAUGACCACCCUGGCGGCCCCCAGGCCAUCAUGAACUUCAUGGGCCGCGACGCCACCGAGGAGUUCGAGAUGCUGCACGACGACGAAGUCAUUCCCAAGUAUGCCCCUAACCAGGUCAUUGGCCGUGUCAAGGGCCAGGAGCCCAGCCUUGAGCUAUAA